CGCAGUGGCAGAGCCAGGAGCGAGCGCAUCCCGGUCCCCGCAGCCCGGUCCCCGCCGCCGCCGCCCCCCGGGGCAUGGCCUGUCUGAUGGCCGCUUUCUCGGUCGGCACCGCCAUGAACGCCAGCAGUUACUCAGCAGCGAUGAUGGAGCCCAAGUCGGUGUGCGUCUCGGUGGACGAGGUGGUCUCCGGCACCACAGAUGCCACGGAGACAGACCUGCUGAAUGGACACCUGAAAAAGGUGGAAAACGGCCUCACCGAGGCCCAGCGCUUUUCCUCCCUGCCUCGGAGGGCAGCCGUGAACAUCGAAUUCAAGGACCUUUCCUACUCUGUUCCCGAAGGACCCUGGUGGAGGAAGAAAGGAUACAAGACCCUUCUGAAAGGAAUUUCUGGGAAGUUCAACAGUGGAGAGCUGGUGGCCAUCAUGGGUCCUUCUGGGGCUGGGAAGUCCACGCUCAUGAACAUUUUGGCCGGAUACAGGGAGACCGGAAUGAAAGGGGCAGUCCUCAUCAACGGCCUACCCCGGGACCUGCGCUGCUUCCGGAAGGUGUCCUGCUACAUCAUGCAGGAUGACAUGCUGCUGCCACACCUCACCGUGCACGAGGCCAUGAUGGUGUCUGCACAUCUGAAGCUCCAGGAGAAGGAUGAAGGCAGGCGGGAGAUGGUCAAGGAGAUCCUGAUGGCACUGGGCUUGCUGUCCUGUGCCAAUACGCGGACGGGAAGCCUGUCGGGCGGCCAGCGGAAGCGCCUGGCCAUCGCGCUGGAGCUGGUGAACAACCCUCCGGUCAUGUUCUUCGAUGAACCCACCAGUGGCCUGGACAGCGCCUCCUGCUUCCAGGUGGUCUCCCUGAUGAAAGGGCUGGCCCAAGGAGGCAGGUCCAUCAUCUGCACCAUCCACCAGCCCAGCGCCAAGCUCUUCGAGCUGUUCGACCAGCUCUAUGUCCUCAGUCAAGGACAAUGUGUGUACCGGGGAAAAGUCUCCAAUCUUGUGCCAUAUUUAAGGGGCUUAGGUCUGAACUGCCCAACCUACCACAACCCAGCGGAUUUUGUUAUGGAGGUCGCAUCUGGUGAGUAUGGUGACCAGAACGGGCGCCUGGUGAGAGCGGUUCGGGAGGGCAUGUGCGACUCUGACUACAAGAGAGAGCUGGGAGGUGAUGCUGAAGUGAACCCCUUUCUUUGGCACCGGCCCUCAGAAGAGGACUCGGCAUCCAUGGAAGGCUGUCACAGCUUCUCUGCCAGCUGCCUCACUCAGUUCUGCAUCCUCUUCAAAAGGACCUUUCUCAGCAUCAUGAGGGAUUCGGUCCUGACACACCUGCGGAUCACCUCGCACAUUGGGAUCGGUCUCCUCAUUGGCCUGCUCUACCUGGGGAUUGGGAACGAAGCCAAGAAGGUCUUGAGCAACUCCGGCUUCCUUUUCUUCUCCAUGCUGUUCCUCAUGUUCGCGGCCCUCAUGCCCACCGUCCUUACAUUUCCCCUGGAGAUGGGAGUAUUUCUUCGGGAACACCUGAAUUACUGGUACAGCCUGAAGGCCUACUACCUAGCAAAGACCAUGGCUGACGUGCCGUUUCAGAUCAUGUUCCCGGUGGCCUACUGCAGCAUUGUGUACUGGAUGACAUCGCAGCCAUCUGACGCCGUGCGGUUUGUCCUGUUUGCCGCACUGGGCACCAUGACCUCUCUGGUGGCCCAGUCUCUGGGCCUGCUGAUCGGAGCCGCCUCCACAUCCCUGCAGGUGGCGACGUUCGUGGGCCCCGUGACCGCCAUCCCCGUCCUCCUCUUCUCAGGAUUCUUUGUCAGCUUUGACACAAUCCCGACGUACCUGCAGUGGAUGUCCUACAUCUCCUAUGUCAGGUAUGGGUUCGAAGGGGUCAUCCUCUCCAUCUACGGCUUAGAUCGAGAAGACCUGCACUGCGACAUCGAUGAGACGUGCCACUUUCAGAAGUCGGAGGCCAUCCUGCGAGAGCUGGAUGUGGAAAAUGCCAAGCUCUACUUGGACUUUAUCGUUCUUGGGAUUUUCUUCAUCUCCCUGCGCCUCGUUGCCUAUUUUGUCCUGAGGUACAAAAUCCGGGCAGAGAGGUAAAAUACCCGAAUUCUAAGAGAGAGGAAACUUACACAUCAUGGCCAAGGGCACUUCCAGAAUGGCAGGUGCGAGCCUGUGCCUGAUGACACAGAGACUAUUCUGACCCAACCCCGAGAACCACGUGUGGUUCGUGGGUGUCUAGCAUCAACUUCUCUGCCCAGCUGGGUUGGGUCUUCUCUUCAUUACCCUUUCUAGCUUUAACUAGGAAGAUGUAGAAAGUGUUUUUUACAUGCAGAAUUUAAAAUACCACAGCUGGAGCAGAAUUUAAAACUGCAACAUAGCUGGCAACAAGAGGCUUACUCGGUAAAAUUCCUUCUUGUGACUUGAUAACACUCUAGUCCUGGACGGGAAUCACGUGCAACUUCUCAGUUGAUCACUGUGCAGUUAGAUGUCUUGGGGGAGAAAGUCCAGGCAUGCAGUGGUUCCAUUUUACGACUGUUGUUUUUCAUAGUUUCAUCUUUCUAAGGUUUGUGUCUUUUCCAAUGAGAAGUUAUUUUCCAAGCCAAAAAUCGAUAAUUUCAUUCAUUUUAAGAAAUUGUAUGUUUUUAGUACUUGUUGAAGAAUUAUCCAGGAUAAAUAAUAUACUUUGUUUAGAAACAUAAUGGGUUUAUGAACCUAAUCACCGAGCUGGUCUCAUUUACAAACAGAUCGUUUGAGAUUCAAGGGCAGGUUCCAGGUUGAGAGAGGACUUUGACCCUGUCUUCACUAAGCCAUGCAGAAAAUUUUUAAAGUUAUACAAAAAAGUUGUAAGACAAAUGUGGCCAACUUUCAAAGUCUUUUCUUUCCCACAUGCCUAUUAUUUUAAACAAAAUAUAUUGUUUGUUUCUUCC